AUGGAACUCAUGGAGCUUGUUGAUAACGAGCCCACGGCCCGCCCUUUCCAGUGCGAUUGGGAUGGGUGUGAAACAAAAAAACAGAGCUUCAACCGCAAGUCAGAUCUCCAAAGACAUUAUCGGAUUCACACCAACGAGCGGCCGUAUCAGUGCAACCAGCCAGGAUGCGGAAAGAGCUUCAUCCAGCGGAGCGCGCUGACGGUUCACAUCCGGACGCACACUGGCGAGAAGCCACAUCAGUGCCAACACCAUGGCUGCGGGAAGAGGUUCUCAGACUCCUCAAGUCUUGCCAGACAUCGCCGCAUCCACACCGGCAAGCGACCGUACAAGUGCGCCCAUGACGGCUGCUUGAAGAGCAGCUUCUGCAGAAAGACCACCAUGGUCAAGCACCAACGCCGCUCUCACCAACGAGGAAUCCACUCCUCCGAGCUCGACGACUCCAUGUCCGACACGGGCAGUGAGGACUCCCCCUCCACUCCAAAGAGCCAUUCCGCCAUGCCCUGGGCUACAGCCCAACAGCAACAUCACCACAUCCCCAUGAUGGGACCCCACGGCCACCAUCUCCAGCGUGCCAGCGAGUUCGCCGACUUUGGCCAGCACAUGAACGGGUACAGCCUCCAGCAGCAGUACAACAACCAACACCGCCAUUCUUUGUCAUCUGGCGGGGCAGCUAGAAUACCACGGCCUGACAUCAGGAUCCGCACCCCCAAGCUGUUCACCACCACCAUCAACAACAACCCCAGCCUCCCCAACAUACACCACCACCAAAACGUUCCCGUACGUGCUGCAGAGGACGUCCUCCCUCCCCCACCACAGCUACUUCGUCGCGGACUCCAACAACCCCGGCGUAGCAACAAUGAACACCAACCACCCUGGCGCCCCUCAGGUUCACCACCACCAGCACGCCCCCCAAUACCAAACCAUCCCGCGCCAAGCCCCCGUUGA